CUAUAUGGAUGUGCUUGAGAAAACUCUGAUCGGUUCUUUUUCAUUUCCUUUGACUUUCAGAUGCGUACCGCCACCUUGUUUCAUGUCUCUCUUUACAUUUCACAUCCCAACCGAUAUCCCCAAAAUCUGAAUCCAAUUUUCAUAUGGAAACUGAUCCUUUGCUUCCGUUCGUAAGUCCCAGGAAGAGAACAACGCCAACGCUACCUCUCUUUCCUCUUCCAGAAAACGAUGAAGUUUCUCUCCCUGUCCCUUUAACCCCAUCAGAAUUAAAAGAUAGACUCAUAUUUGGUCCGUCUCCUUCCUCUACCUCUUCUGGAAUUGGAUCAUCUCCAAUCUUGGAUGCCUUAACUUCAUCCCUUCACUCACCCCAACCGUCCUCUUCUUCUUCUCAAGAAAACGUUAUAAAUCUUCAAGUCCCUCUUUUACAACAAAACCUACUAAACUCACCCACAACAGCUUCAUGGUUAUUAGACCCAAAUUUCACAUGGGAAAAAACCAAUCUUCACAGGUCCAAAACGGCACCUGCCAUGGCAGUUUUAAAUGAUAUCAUCCAUCCUUCAAUUCCCAAGCCUCCAUUUGGUUCCCAAUCGAUUGUAAGACAAGCUUUUGUUCUUUUAGUGUUAUAUUUAUCUUUGGGCGUUGUUAUAUAUUGGUUUAAUCGUCAUAAUUUUGUGGGCCAUGUAACUCACCCUGUUGUUGAUGCAUUGUAUUUUUGUAUUGUCACAAUGUGCACAAUUGGAUAUGGUGACAUUACCCCUAAUAGCGUGGCUACCAAGUUAUUUUCAAUAUUAUUUGUGUUGGUUGGAUUUGGUUUUAUUGAUAUUUUGCUUAGUGGGAUGGUUAGUUAUGUUCUUGAUUUGCAAGAGAAUUAUUUGUUGAGAACUGUUCAAGAUGAGGGUAAAAAAAGGGACUCCGCGAGAUCUUAUAUAAUUGAUGUGAAAAAGGGGAGAAUGAGGAUAAGAAUGAAGGUGGGAUUGGCAUUAGGAGUUGUGGUUCUUUGCAUUGGAAUUGGUAGUGGUGUUAUGCAUUUUGUUGAGAGUCUUGGUUGGUUGGAUGCUUUUUACCUUUCUGUUAUGUCUGUUACUACUGUUGGAUACGGUGAUACGGCGUUUAAGACAUUGCCUGGUAGGAUUUUUGCUGCCAUUUGGUUGCUUGUUUCGACUCUGGCUGUUGCUCGAGCGUUUCUGUAUUUGGCUGAGGCUAGAGUGGACAAGAGGCAUAGGAGAAUGGCGAAGUGGGUGCUUGGACAGGACAUGACUGUCUCAGAGUUUCUCGCCGCUGAUAUUGACAACAAUGGUUUUGUCAGCAAAUCAGAGUUUCUCAUUUACAAGCUCAAGGAGAUGGGAAAGGUUUCAGAAAAAGACAUUAUGCAGAUCAGUGAGAAGUUUGAUAGGCUGGAUGCUGGUAAAUGCGGAAAGAUAACUCUUGCCGAUCUUAUGGAGAGUCAUCAUUAAUAUGCAAGUAACCUUGCUUAUAAUCUUCCUUACGAUACAAUGAAGGUGGCAUAGAAAGUCAUAGAUGACAUCAAAUCAUCAACUGCAGAAAAGGCUGGUUCGCAUUGAAGGCAAGUGAUGAUGUUUUUUUCGAACCUUUAUGCAUGUUCAGUUGGUCCUCUCGCUCAUCCACGAUGUCCGCGCCAUAGAUAAACGAUCCCUAUUCCACUUUAAUUGUUUCUUUCUUUUUUAGGGUUGAAACUUGGUCAGACAAUCCUGGCCAAUGCAUCAUUCAGCAACUUGACUCGUGGAUUGCCUUUUCUUGGUUGGAUGGAUGGAAUGGACGAUUCAUCUGACUGGUGGUUUAUGGAAUUUUGUACAAAAAAUUUCUUCAUAUAAACAAAUUGCAUUCA